GAACGCACCAAAAAAAAUCUCGCCUUUUCCGAAAAUCGUCCUAAUGUUUUGGUGGUUGAUAGUAAUGCUUUGCGAAGUGGGCAAAGCAAGGAGGAACACGAAAAAAUUAGGCAAAAUUGGGACACAAGAGAUUUAGAA